CCGAAAUGAGCUGCUGACAUUGUUAUCAGUAGCUUGUAAAUCCAUAGGUAUCGAUUUUCCGUAUAUUUGUUUGAAAAAAGUGAUUACUGAAGAGGUUUGUAGGUUUCUGUGUUUACCUUAUGUCGUGUUUCUUUUCUUAGUGGAAGCAAGUGUAAUUUGCGAAUCUUUGAGUUUUAUUGUAUUAUUAAAGGACGAAAAAUGUGAUAUGGUUUCACAGUAAAUCAAAAACUUACAAUUUUUCGCUCCAAAGGUACUUACAUACUAAUUUAUUUAUUCAAUUAUUAUGGAGGGGCCUGCAGAUAGAGAAUAUAGUGCACUUGGAGGUUUAUUCCAGCAAAUUGUUUCUGAUAUGAAGAAUGGUAUCCCUCUUUGGGAGGAGUUGGUUAUCAAAGCUACAAAACUGCAUUCCUGUUUGAGGGCUACAAUUAGUGCCAUAUCAUCAUAUCUUGAUGCUUUCCAAAAAAUAGCGGAUUUGGCUACAAAUACAAGAGGUGCAACCAAAGAGAUUGGAACUGCUCUUACAAGAAUAUGUUUAAGGCAUAAAGCAGUAGAAGCCAGAAUGAAGACGUUUACAAGUGCUAUAAUGGAUUGCCUAGUUAUACCUUUGCAAGAAAAACUUGAGGAUUGGAAGAAAACAUUAGUAAGCCUUGAUAAAGAACAUGCUAAAGAUUACAAAAGGGCUAGAACAGAAUUAAAAAAGAGAUCUACUGACACAUUAAGGCUUCAGAAAAAAGCUAAAAAAAGUAGCAAGGGGGAUUUACAAAGGCAGGUUGAAUGUUCUUUGAAAGAUGUGUAUGAAAGAAAACAAAUUCUGGAAGAGAUUGAAAAGAAAGCCGUCCGCUCAGCUUUGGUUGAAGAAAGGAGUAGGUUCUGUCUUCUUGUGGCAUUUCUGAAACCAGUUGUUAAUGAAGAGGUUGCAAUGCUUUCAGAAUUGAGUCAUUUACAAGAAGUUCUUGAACAGCUUGAAAAACAUACUACUGAUCCACAUAUUCUUCCUGCAGCAAGUGAACAGGUAAUUGAUGACCUAAAGAACUCAGAAGGGUGGACUUUCAAAACUCCUCCAAGCAGUCCUGGUUCACUUGGUUCUAGAAAGUCAAGUAUGUGUAGCAUUUCCUCUUUAAACAGUUCCUCUAGCGGGAGUUCAAAAUCUCACCCUUCUCCUAGUCAUCAUCAUUGGCAUCGUUCAUUGUCCCAGGUGUCCAGUUCUUUAGACCAGAACAGUUGUAUUUAUGUCAAUAAACUGAGCAUAAGUACAAAUAAUAUUGCUCUUGAACAAAGUAACAUGUCAGUUUAUGAUACUACUACUGAACCGUCAGGUGCACCCCUUAGUGUUCAUACAACAUAUAAAUCGGAAGUUUCUCUUUCAAGACCCUGUAGUCCUUUGACUAAUGAAGCAAGUGGGAGGAGCACUCCAGUGUCAUCGGUACAGCCAUCAACAAUAGUGACACGUCCACCCAUUCCAAAUAGGUGUUCUUCUUUGGAAAGACCUGUUGGACCUUCCAUUAAAGAGAAAUCUCUUCAUUUGAAUAAACAUUCUUCUGUUAUCUCAACUGGUGGUGAGACUAUGCUUCCUAUGUAUGUCAACAUGUCAGAACUUGCCAAUUUAGCAGCUACCAAAGCACAAGAAAUGCAUUUUCCACCACCUCCUUCUACUGAUGUAAAGGAAAGUGAUAGAUGCUUGCAAGAAAAGGCUGGGUCUAUUGAAAAAGAUUGUAGUACAUCAGAGAGUUCAUUGGAAUCUUCUAGUGGCUAUGGUAGUCAGACAAUUCAAUCUGGUCAGGAAGAGAUGUCUCGUGGCGAAGGGAUUCCUUCCGGGAUUUUGAGAAAUUCCUUACUCAGACAUGGAUCCAUACAUCUGAAAAAACCUCCACCUCCUAUACGUCGAACAUCUUCUAUAUCAGUAUCAGUCCGAACUAGUCAGUUUAAUUUAUCAAAUUUUUCUCGUGGAAGCAGUGGUAGCUUAGAAAAUUUGCCUCCUCCACCAGCUUAUUUAUUGGAAGGUUCACCUGAUGCAAACAGAUAUCACAACUCAUAUGAUGUAUCAAAGAGGAAUUCUGAUGUGCAAAAGGCUAAUCUUUAUGCAAGUGAAUACCAACGUAAGGUAUUAAAAACUUCUGUAAAAGACCUGAAAGUUUCAAGUAUGUAUGAAACACUUCAUGGAAGUUCAGUUAAUGUUGCAGAAACAGUUAGGGCUCUAACAGAAUUGAAUCAUACUCCUGCCAGCCCUGUUUCUGUCAGGCGAUCUCAUAGUGUAAGAUCUCAGUCUGCUGAUAGAAAAGUUGAACCUAGUCUUAUUGCUGCUAUUAGUGCUAAGUUAGCACCCUCCAGGAAACAAGAUUCUUCAUGUAACAAAGCUAUUCGAAUUAGGCAGUGGAUUGCUGGUCGAACUUUACCAGAUCCCAAAAUAUGCCAUGACUCUUUAAUGGACCAGAUAAAAAAAGGGACUGUGUUACGUAAAACGAGAACAGUGAACGAUCGUUCUGCUCCGAGAUUAUUUUACUGAGUUAUGAACUAGUUUUUUUAUAUAUCUUUGUUUACUGUUAGCAUUAAUUUUAAUAAUGAAGCAUUUUUUAAUGCUUCAGAUAAAAAAAAAACUGUUGGAUAGGGGUAUAUUAAAAAUAUUGACUUAUGUCCUGUAAUCUAAGGCUGUUAAAAGGGGUUUCAUAGGUUGACUACUUUUACAUUAUUGUAUGCACUUUUUAUAAUAAUGAAAUUCGUAACUACUUGAUUUUUUAAUUAUAUGAUAUGAUUUUCAUAUAUAUAUAGUUUAAAUUUAUACAUUAUUAUUUAUUGAAUGUUUAGUACGAAGGGGAGUUCACAAUGCUACUUAAACUAUUUAAGUUUUUUUUGGAACAAGACUCGCAUGAAAUAUAGUCUUUUAAGUUAGUCAUUUAUUUUUUUAAGAAAUUUAUUUUUGUGUUUCAUACUUUAUUUUUAAUAAUUUAAUGCGAUUUAAUGUAAUGAUUUGCAAUUGUAAUGGUUUCAAAUCAUUAUGUUAGCAUUUACACUCCUAAUUCUUUAGUUCCUACAACAUAAAUUAUUAAUGAAAGUAAUUUUGUAUUGUAUUAUUGUUAGAUAUUUUCUUUAUUGUUUUCUAACAAUUACUUUUACAAUUCUUCCUGUUAUUAAUUAAUGAAGACCAUUCCUUAAUAAAUUAAAACUUUUUUGUUAUUGAAGUAUAGUGGAGGUUUAGUAUUAUUUGUUAUAUACCACCCUGAACAUGAAAUAUAUUGUAAAAACAAUUUUUUAUAAUUUAUUUCUUACAAACAGCCAUUAUUAGGCAACUACCUGUAAGUACUGAUAGAAUAAGUCAAUUUCUUAUAAUGUCUUCUAAUUAAGAUUGAAUAAAUUAAACUAAUCUUUUCAUCUAUUUUUGUGAAUAGCUUCUGAUUAUAUUACCUACUGAAU